CUUCACGUCACUUCUAGAGGGCAGCUGUGCGGCUAGCACAGUGUAGUUUGAAGGCAGACACAUCGCUGACUUCCUUCUAUUAGCUCAGAGAAGUGCGAUCGUAGUGGAAAGCGUAACAGGCCAAUAUGCCGGUCGAAUUGUAUCUGUUUCAGGGCAGCGCGCCUUGCACAUUCGUGCAAAUGGUGGCCAAACACAUUGGCGUUGAGUUCACCCUGAAGGAACUUGAUUUUAUGAAGCGAGAACACGAGGCACCAGAGUUCACCAAGGUCAACCCAUUUCAGAAGGUCCCGACUAUAAAUGACUCCGGAUUCAUUCUUUACGAAAGCUCUGCCAUCGCUUACUACCUGGUUAACAAAUACGCGCCUACCUCGGAGCUCUACCCGAAAGAUGUGCGAAAGCGGGCACGCGUGGACCAAGUCCUUUCCGUUGUGUCGACGCACAUUCAGCCAAAGUUCUCGGCAUUCUCGAUACCAUCAUUCAGAACCAACAAGAAGCCAAGUGCCGAGAGCUUCAAGGAAUUUGAGGAAGGUGUCGUGAAGGCUUUCCAGCAAGUUAUUGGCGACAAAGCAACUUUUGUAGCGUGCGAUCAAAUGACACUCGCCGAUAUUCGCCUGAUUUCUCUCCUAGCCUGCAUUGUUCCGCUCAAGGACCUCUUCGACAGAGCAAAGUAUCCCAAUGUGGCGGCCUACUACGACCGUGUGACAGCCAAGAUGCCUUACUUCGAGGAACUUCUGCGGCACCAUAUUGACGAGCGUUCCAGAUUCUGGUCAACCCUUCAGUAAUUAUGAACAAAAGGCCCAGUACGACUAAAGUCAACGGGAACUGGAGCUUCGAGCCGCCUCGUAUACUCGCAGACUGCUGUCACAUGCGCUACAGGAUCAACACGUGGGGUACUUGUAUCGCUUCUGUUCAACGGAGGAAGCUCAGACACCUUCGUCAGACAGUAAUGGGAGAAGAAACUAAGCUUAAAAUUACUGGGGCGUGAACGCUUGACCGCUGAAUUACUUUAGUACACAACGACUUAAAGACCCUGGA